GCACUCACUGCUCUCUCCAUGGCUUCUCCACAGGGAUUGCUGCAGCUCUGAAGAGGAGGACCAACAAAAGCUCACCAGAGUUCUGACAGAAAUGGUUUUCCCCUGGAAUCUCCCUGGCAGUGGUAGAUCUGCAGAGGACAUCCAGCUUUAGAAUCGUGGAGAUGAGCACAUUUUAUCACAUUUUCCCAGGCAGUGGAAGGUGCUGAAGAAGUAACCUGGCUCUGAGUGUGCCUCAUGUGGGAGCCUCCUCUGCUCAGCAGCCAGAGGCCUCCAGGAGCCUGGUGUGGUUCCCAGAGUGGGAUUAUUGCCAGUGAUAUCCCUGCAGCAUGGCCAGCCAGGAUCCCAGUGUGCCUCACCUUUCUGUCUGCAGCUGUUUGCAGCCUGCCUGAGAGAAAGGGGCUUCCUUACAACCUCCAGAUAGACUCCCACAAUUUCCAGCACAUUUUGUCCUGGCAGGCAGAACAUGACCCAGCUGUGCCAGCAUCCUACAACGUGCUCUACAAAGACUACAGGAGCCAGGACUGGAUGAGUGCUCAGCAGUGUUCAGGCAUUGCCCAGCUCUCCUGUGAGCUGACAGAGGAGUUCAAGGCCAUCUAUACUGAGUAUUCUGUAUUUGUUCAGAGCACUGGAGGAGCUCAGCUGCUCAAUUCUUCUCUGCUGCGUUUUGUGCCAUUCACUGAGACAAUUCUGGGACCACCAGAAGUGAAUGUCACUUCCUGUCCAAACUGCCUCAAUGUCACCAUAAAGCUGCCAGCCUCUCACUUCAGACAGAAUGGGAAGCUGCAGUCUUUAAUUGAUAUCUAUCAAGAGCUGGAUUAUGAUAUCACCCUGAAGUCACAGGAUGGAGAGCACAAGAGGCCACGGCAGAGAACCACUGAGGAGGUGUUCAGUGUUGUCAUUGAGGAGUUGUAUCCCAGCAGGAAUUACUGCCUGUCCGUGGGGGUCACUGCAUCCCUGAACAAGAAUUCUGUGCCCUCCCCCUGGAAAUGUGUCACUGCAGACUCAGAGGCUCAGCAAGGGUACCAUGAAGCUGCAGUGGCAGGUGCCGUCUGUGUCGCGCUGAUCAUUGCUGCAGUCCUGAAGUGUGUGCAUGCAGCAGGUUUCAUUUUCCCAAAGUUCUCCCUUCCUCAGAGCCUGGCAUUCAUCAGGAAGUUGGCCUACUCCCCGUGGGUGUCCGUGUCAGAAAGAG